AUGUCUAGUAGUCGUCAGCUGAGACGACAACAACAACAAAAAUCGACUUCAAUUUUUUCAAAUUUAAUCAAUACAUGGAAAGUUCGUCCUAUCAAUGGUUUUGAAAAACAUUUAUUUUCAAAUACUCAAACAUCUUCUAAUAAUGCUAUUAUAUCUAUAAAAUCUAUUCAACAAUAUAAUAUUGAUUCAGCUCGAUUUAUCUAUCCACGUGAUGCUAUGGGUAAUAUGCUUAUUCCAUUAGUUAAUCGAAAUACUCCUAUUUCUAUACCAUUUUAUUUACCUAAAUAUGAUCUGAUUAAAAUUUGUUCACCUAAAUGGACUAUCAAAAAUGUACAUCAUUCGAAAGAAAUUAAUUAUCAUGUAGGUCCAAUGACUUAUGAUAGUAUUAAUGAUAAAUCACAAUUGCCAUGUAAAUCUGGUUGGACACAAAUAGGACGACAAACAUAUAAAAUACAUUCAGAACUAACAGUUCCAUUUUAUGAUACGAGUAAAUAUAAACAAGUUGGUAAUCGAUAUUCUAAACAUGCUAUAAUACUUGGACGCCGAACAAUUCAUACAAAUAUUAAAAAUAAAAAACUUUCAAAUAUAAUUAAACGAAAAUCUAAUAUUAAUAUUGAAUAUACAUAUGAUAUACAAGAUUAUGAAGCAAUUACAAAACGAAAUGAAUUCAUAGAUAAAAGUUUAUCUUCAAUGAAAAAUCUUCAUCAAAAAUCAAAUAAUUUAAUCAUAUCUAAUGAUCAUGUCGACCAAAUAGAAACAAUUAAUUUACCAUCCAUAAAAAUAGAACCUACAGAGAAAGAAACAAUUGUAUUAGACGAUGAGAAAAUUUCAACAAAAUAUUAG